CUCACAACCAAUCACGUUCUUCUGGAGGUCACUAGUUCUUAAUUGAUUUCAGCUGCGUCUCCCCCGCCUCUCCUCAUAAAGCGCCCCCACCGAGACGGAUGUUAAUCGUUUAUUUUGCGUUGGAUUGCCUUGGCUGAACAAUCCGGACAUCGUGGCCACCGACGUGGACUCCCCGCCACCGGGACCCACGCACACCGACCACCACACUGGGAAGUGUCCUCUGCUCACUGUGGAAGCAGCAUGGAAGAACUGCAGCAACUCUGAUGGAAACGAGGACCUCCACGCUGUUGAACACAAACUGUUCUAGGCCUACUACAAACCGAGGCGGUCCCACUCGGUUAAAGAUCUCGUGGUCAAUGCGGCAGACCGCUGGACCUGGACGUCACCUUCUGCAGAUCCUUCACUGCCCUCAGGAAUCCACGGAUAACUUGAAACAUGUCCGACUCCACAUGUCCGAAAAAUCCAGGAUGGAAACUUGUGGAAGGAAGAAGAGGAGCGGAUUGUACUCCCAGAGGCUUCAACAGAGCGGGUCUGGAGUUGGGAGCUGCAGGUGGAUGUUGGCCAGGAGCCGUUCAGUCCUACAGGAACAGACGGUAGAGGUGAUGGAGGCGGUCGUCUGGAGGUGCUCGUCUGGAGGUCCGUGGCGGUCGUCUGGAGGUGCUCGCCGUGAGGUCCAUGGCGGUCGUCUGGAGGCGCUCGCUGCAGGUGGAGGGAAGGCCGGGAGCCGUGCAGCCCAACGAAUGCAGAACGAAGGACUGAGGCGGAGGGCCUGGAGGCGGAGGCCAGCCUGGAGGCAGAGGCCAGCCUUGAGGCGGCGGUGGCCUGGAGGUCCUGGAGGCGUCCAACCUGGAAGGGGCGGCAUGGAGGGCCAGGUGGCGGUUCCUCAUCCAAAGGGCCUGGAGGCGGCCAACCUGGAAGGCCUGGAGACGGCCGAGGUCCUGGAGGCGGCGGUUGGGUCCAACCUGGAGGGCCUGGAGGCGGUGGUUGGGACCAACCUGGAGGCGGUGGUUGGGACCAACCUGGAGGUCCCGGCGGUGGCGUCCACCUGGCGGCGGUCAGCCUGGAGGGCCCGGCUGCGGUCAGCCUGGAGGGCCCGGCGGCGGUCAGCCUGGAGGGCCCGGCGGCUCCUCAUCCAAAGAAAUGAGGCGACGUUGCGGAGGUCCAGGCGGUUGGCCCGGUGGAGGUCCUGGAGGAGACGGUCCCGGCGGUGGAGGACGGCUGGGGGAUCCGGCGGUGGAGGUCCGAAGGCGGCUUGUGAUUAGACCAAACAGCUCCUCAUCCGUUGAAGCAGGAUUGAAGGAGUCACUGGGGAUGAAGAUCACUGCUCAGGGGCUGACGACCACUCAUCUUUCCGGAGAAGGCGGUCAAACCUCCACCUCUUUGAAGAGACCAAGCAGCUUGAUGACUGACUGGUUCUUUAUACUCAAGACCUCGUCCCGGAGCACAGGACGGACCUAAGGCAUUCGGCGCAGCCGACUAGAGACUCCAUGUGGAACCGAGAAUAAGAUCUGACUUCAGCCAAUCAGCGGGAUGUCCUUGAACAAGAGCCAUUGGCUGAAGGUGCUCAAACGCAUUCUUUUGACUCGCUCCUCUACUAUUGCUGUAAUCAAGCUGGAUGGCUAUUUUGCUCCUUCUACUGACAAAAUCAAGUCUGCCACCUGGUUGCUGAUGAGGGCAUAGCAACUCGGGGUACAUUGGAAACAUGAUAAGAAGAGCCUGUUUUUGAUGGUUGGAUCGUACACCUAAAUGUUUUUACAUGAAAAUAUCGCCGAACCCAAUGUUGGACAAUGCUUGUUUUCAUCCUUUCUUUAGCUUUGAUUUAUCCUUACCUUUUCUUGUGACCCAUUCCCCUUGGGUUCAAUUAAGUUGACCUCUCCUUCAGGCGACUUAAAGGGAGACCAGAUGUGCGGCAGCUGGGUGUCAUGGUGCAGAGACCCAACGCUGUACUGAACUACACCAGUGUGUCCUACUCCCAUAAACCCUGAGGAUCCCUGGAUGGCUACACUAGCACAUUAAUCCACACCCAACAUCAACACACAGUGCACACUCUAUAGAGCUCGUAAGUCCGCCCCUUGCGGCGGGACCUCGUGAGAUCGUAUGAUAUGACUGGGUUUCAAUGGAGAGAAAGUAAUUAUUUUCUCCAUUUUAUGUCGCACCACAUUUUGGGGGAAGAAUGUUUGAAUCGAUCUUUGUCAUUUAUUUCCGUACUCCAUAUCUGUAAUCCCAGCUGUUGUAUUUUAACACGGUAGCUGGGAACCCUCUUUAUAGGGAGCGACUAGAGGGACGAGGCUGGAAGCAAACCUGAGCCUGGAUCUUAACCUUCUUUCUAAACCUAAUGCCGCAAUUUAACCGCAAAUAAAGUGAAGCCUAAAGUAACUUGACUCUCUUACCUAAACUUGCUUGCCUAAACUCGCUUGUCUAAACUGGCUUGCAUAAAACCUAAACUCGCUUGCAUAAAACCUGAACUUGCUUGGCUAAACUCGCGUCGCUUGCCUAAUACCUGAACUCGCUUGCCUAAACUCGCUUGCCUAAACUCGCUUGCCUAAACUCGCUUGCCUAAACUCGCUUGCCUAAAACCUAAACUUGCUUAGCUUGACUCGCUUGCCUGUACUCGCUUGGCUAAACUCGCUUGCAUAAAACCUAAACUCGCUUGCAUAAAAGCUUAACUCGCUUGGCUUGACUCGCUUGCCUGUACUCGCUUGGCUAAACUCGCUUGACUAAUACCUGAAGUCGCUUGCCUAAAACCUAAACUUGCUUGUCCAAACACGUUACACAAAGUUAACCAUCCAUAAUCUUUAACCCAAACCAGACUUGUCCCUGGGUCGCUCCACUUUAAUUUAGAAGUUUCUUCUUUUACCUCAUCUGCGUUUUGAGUUUCAUUCUUUGAGGGCUUGAAGUGCUUUGGAGGAUAUUUGAACCUUUGUUUGCCGCAUCAAUAAACAUGCUUUAUCUUUACCCAUUUUGUUUUGGAUUGCAUUUCUAUGUGUAAUCCGGCCAAAUGUUCAGUGUCCUUACAUGUAAUGUCUAUGGUCGACGAUAAUCUGACCUCUUCAUGAAGCAGAAUGUGUGUGACUGUUGUCCCGUGAGCUCCAGGCUCUCUGUGGGCCUGUCGACGUCUAUUUAGCAAAAGGUUGGAGAGUGAAAUUCAUUUUUGUGCCAUUUUCAUGUGUUCCUGAGUAUUUCAGACCUGUGGUGUUUCACAUGAGACCUUAAUGGGAACUUUUCUUUUUCUGCCUGCAUACGUAAUGCCUACAUUAGUAGGGUGAUCACUGUUGAUCCCAAUAUUGAUCAUUAACCACCUCAUUCUUUGGGAUUACAAAUCAUGUAAUUUAUGAGCAUAUUUGCAAAUGCCUCCAAAUAUCAGAUUGUGUAAAAACGAAUGAAAUGUAACCUGCUUGAUUUACAGAAAAUAAAACAUCCAAAUAUUAUAAACCUGUUUUGUGUUGCUCUCUUACAAUGUGGAAAUGAGCAGA